UUUAACUACUAAACAAUUCUCUCUAGGGCUUUGGUGCCACUAAAGCUCUGUUUUUCUCCGUUGUUGAAUUUCCGAGGAGCGGGCCGCCUUCUGGUGGGCUUUGGUAUUUGUAACGCAGGUGCUGAGCAAGGCGAAGGUUGCGGCGACUUUCCUUCGGCGAUUGAAGGACGGACUCCGCAUGUCAUCUUUCUUCUUCGUCUAUCCCGCAAACGGAAGCCGAUUUUUGAGAAGCAGGGGCGAAUCCUCUGAUGGAAGAUAUAGUUAAUCAAUACAAAUAGAUGGCAAUUGGUGAGGAUAAGGAGGAGCUGGUUUUCGAUGAUGAGGAAGAUGGAGAGCAGCCGACAAACAAAGGGAAGGCGAUUUUUCCGGUGGUUGGUAUGGUUCUUACGGAUCGGAAGAUCAAAUUUCAGUUUUUCAAGGAAUUGAUGGCAUCGUUGUGGAGGCUAGUUAAAGGUGUGUCCAUCAAAGAAAUUGGUGAAAAGAGGUACAUCUUUACUUUUUACCAUGUUUUGGAUAUGAGACUUGUUUUAGAUGAAGGUUCGUGGUUGUAUGAAAAGAAUUUAUUACUGCUAAAAGAAAUCAAGGUGGAGGAUAUUCCUCUACGGAUUAAUCUUCAUUAGGCUGAGUUUUAGGUUCAGGUUCACAAUGUAGCGUAUGGUUUUAUGAAUUUGGCCUCUGCGAGGUGAAAUGGCAAUUAUAUUGGAAGUUUUAUUAGUUUUGAUGAAAGCCAGUUUGAUGAAAAAUGAGAGACCUAUAUGAGAAUUAGGGUCCGAAUGGAUGUUAAGAGGCCCCUGAAAAAAUGUACUACACUGAAAAAGGUGUGGAUUAGCCAAUGGGUGGACUUUAAGUAUGAAAAACUCCCAAACUUUUAUUUUGUUUGUGGAAUUAUUGGCCAUUCUGAUAAAUUUUGCCCAAUAGUGUAUGAGGGGGAGAACAUCACUUUUAAUAAAAUUUAUGGACUAAAUCUUAGACCUGGGGGUGGGGUGAAGACUAGCCCAACAGGAGGAAACAAGUGGCUGAUUGAAGGGUCUUCCAAUACUUGUAUGAGGCUUCCACAGAGGAGUGAUAGUGAGGAUACAGACAAGCAGGGCUGAAAGGAGACUACAACAAGGACAGGAAUCGGCUCUAUUAAGGAAGGGAAUUCGGUGAGUCCGGAGGAGGGGUCGGGAGAGCAGAAGCGCAGGAGAAACUGGGAGGAAAAGGAACAAGAGGAUCCAGCAGGGGAGGAUAUGGCACUUGAUAGGCAAAAAGGCUCGGUUGGCGGACUUGUGGUGGUGCACUUGAAGUUUGAGAGUUUUUCCUACUUUUUUUGUUGUUGUUUUAGUUAAUCACACUGUUUACUGCGUUGUUUUAAUUUUUUAUUGUAUGAUUCUUGCAUUAAGAUCGGGUGAUGGUAGGUCUGCUUCAAUCGUCUGUGGCUCAGGUUUGCCCAUUAAUGGAUCAACGAGUUAUAUUGCUUAUUUGAAGGUGAUGAACUCCAAGCCUAGUUCGAGGACUGACGAUUAUAUGUGGCUCCUAUAUCAUUUUAGUUCCUUUCCGAAUUCUAACGCUUUGAUUUCAAUAUAAGCCUCCCUCUUCAAAAA